AUGCAAGCUGUGCAACGUAAUAUCAUUCGUAAAAUGUCUGGAAUUAAUGCAGCAUGUGUGAUUAUAGGAGAUGAGGUUUUGAAUGGGAAGAUUACGGAUACAAACAGUCGAUUUUUUGCCCAGUACUGUUACAAUCUUGGUAUUAAUCUGAGGGAAAUAGCGACAGUGGGUGAUAGUGAAGAACAAAUUGUUAGCACCAUUCGUCGUUUAACACCUGAAAAUGAUUUUAUAAUAACUAGUGGAGGUAUUGGACCUACUCAUGAUGAUAUUACUUACGAAUCGGUAGCAAAAAGUUUUAACCUUCCAGUUGCAAUUGAUGGAGAGUGUCAGAGAAGAAUGCAUAAAAUAUCCUCUCCUGAGUCUCGUUUGAGUGAACAAGCUUUGAAAGAUUUCUACCGUAUGGCUACUUUGCCUAAAGGGGCCUCUGUCAAAAACUACUAUUUGGUGGAGGAUUAUUGGGUGCCCGUAGUUUCAAUUGAAAACAAAGUUUUCGUCUUACCGGGGAUACCGCAGAUGUUUGAAAGGCUGUUAAAUGGUCUCAAGCCUGUGAUCAAACAAUUGUAUAAGCUAAAUCCCAACCACAGUGAGGAUUUUAGAAGAUACUUUGUUAAAACGAAACUAUCUGAAUCUGAAAUCUCUCAGUACUUAAGAGACCUACAGUCACGUGCCAACGAAGUAUCUCCAGAUAUCAAAAUAGGUUCUUACCCACACUUUGGCCAGGGAUUUAACACGGUUAGCAUCUUAGGCAUAAAAAAGCAUGAAGAUUUCUUGCGUGAAAUCACAAAGCAAACUGUUGAGCAGUUGAAAGGUGAAGAGAUUAGCGAAGAACAAGAAAAAGCAUAUUCUGAUAACAGGUAA